AUGGCAGCACGCAGACCAUCCGCAGGGGCACCCGCCGCCGAUCCUGCAGAUGUGGCAGGCCGCGACGUCGAGGCUCGCGGGACAAACAUGCUCGAAGACGACCCUUUGCGGGACGACGAUGAGGUGCAGGACAUUCAACAGCAGGAGGCGGACGAGGAUGACGAAGAAGAGGAGGAGGAUGUGCUCGUCGAGUACGACGAUGGUCUCGACAUCUAUGAGUCUGGCUCUGUGAGCGGAUCGACAGAGACGCUCACAUGGAUCUCCUGGUUCUGUGCGCUGCAAGGACACGAGUACUACGCCGAGGUGACCGAGGACUUUAUCGAGGACGACUUCAACCUCACGGGGCUGAGCGCGCUCGUACCCUUCUACAAGGAGGCGCUCGAGAUGAUCCUGGACGUUGAGCCUCCAGAGGAAGAUUCCCUCAAGAUCCCCGAUGUCUCGAUCGUUGAGAGCUCUGCCGAGCUGCUGUACGGCUUGAUCCACCAGCGCUACAUCCUCACACGGCAAGGCUUGCAGCAGAUGGUCGAGAAGUACGAGGCCGGUCACUUUGGAUACUGCCCUCGUGUCUUCUGCCACUCGCACCCUGUGCUGCCAUGCGGACGCUCGGACCUGCCCGGACUCGACACGGUCAAGCUCUUCUGCCCCAAUUGCAUCGACCAGUACUCGCCGCCGUCGUCGCGGUACCACGGCGUCGACGGCGCCUUUUUCGGCACCACGUUCCCGCACCUCUUCUUCCAGACCUACCGCGACCUGGCGCCCUCGCCCAUAGCACCACGCGGAUCCAACGCACUCUCCCUCAACGCGACACAGGCUCGACCCGCCGAUGGCACCGCGGCCGCAGACUGGCAGCGGUGCCGGUGCAGACGGGCCAAGGCGGUGACGGCAGAGGCCGAGGAGCGGGCGGCGCUCAUGGCGCGGAUGACGCUGAGGCCGGAGCAGCUGGGACGCAAGGUGGCCAACGCACGCAUCUACACGCCCAGGAUAUACGGCUUCCGCGUCAGCGAGCACGCCAAGUCCGGUCCGAGGAUGAGGUGGAUGAGGAUGCGGCCCGAGAGCCUCGAGGAGCUCGAGCUCGGCGCCGCACCGGCCAUCGCCGACGGAUCCGUCGCCGUACCCACGCAGCAGGCUUCAGCGACGGCCACGCCAACGCCGACGACGACGGCACCGGCGCCGGCCGAAGGUGCAGCGCCAUCGCUGGCUGCUGGUGGUGCGAGGGGGUGA